AUGUCCCCUUCACCCACCCCUCCAUGUCCCCUUCCACCACCCCUCCAUGUCCCCUUCACCCACCCCUCCAUGUCCCCUUCACCCACCCAUCCAUGUCCCCUCCAUGUCCCCUUCCACCACCCCUCCAUGUCCCCUUCCACCACCCCUCCAUGUCCCCUUCCACCCCUCCACCCACCCCUCCAUGUCCCCUUUACCCACCCCUCCAUGUCCCCUUCACCCCUCCAUGUCCCCUUCACCCACCCAUCCAUGUCCCCUCCAUGUCCCCUUCACCCACCCAUCCAUGUCCCCUUGACCCACCCAUCCAUGUCCCCUUCACCCACCCAUCCAUGUCCCCUCCACCCACCCAUCCAUGUCCCCUCCAUAUCCCCUUCUACCACCCCUCCACCACCCCUCCAUGUCCUCUUCACCCACCCAUCCAUGUCCCCUCCAUGUCCCCUUCCACCACCCCUCCACCACCCCUCCACCACCCCUCCAUGUCCCCUCCACCCACCCCUCCAUGUCCCCUCCACCCACCCCUCCAUGUCCCCUUCACCCCUCCAUGUCCCCUCCACCCACCCCUCCAUGUCCCCUCCAUGUCCCCUCCACCCACCCCUCCAUGUCCCCUCCAUGUCCCCUCCACCCACCUUCCAUGUCCCCUCCACCCACCCCUCCAUGUCCCCUUCCACCCCUCCAUGUCCCCUCCACCCACCCCUCCAUGUCCCCUUCAUGUCCCCUCCAUGUCCCCUUCACCCCUCCAUGUCCUCUUCACCCCUCCAUGUCCCCAUGUCCCCUCCAUGUCCCCUUCACUCCUCUAUGUCCCCUCCAUGUCCUCUUCACCCCUCCAUGUCCCCUCCAUGA